GCCUUCUCGAGGAGGCAAAGGAUCCUCCCACCGGCUGUCUUAUGCGACACCAAAUAACAGCAAUGAAGCCAGCCUGAUGGUUGAUCGCCACCAUUGGAGGUCCGAUUUUUUGGGAGAAGGUGCGCUGUUGCAGCCCACUCAGUCUCGAUGAGUCUGACUUGUUGGAAUCCAGCCCACACCCGUCAACUGUUCUGAGGUGACUUUUAGAUAGACCUCUCUGAUUUCUGCUGUGGGUAACGUUGCUAUCAACGUGGUUUUUUAUAAAUUAGAUGCCCACAGCCACUCAAAGAGCCACUUGUUUCAUGAUAUGCCUCGAUAACCCGUCGUCAUUCAACAUAUGGUUUGGAUCUAGAUUGUUCGUCACUAUGGCCUUCAAUUUCGAUCGAUUUCGAAAGAAAGUCAGCACCCAAGACAGCUUCCAUGUGGACGCCGGUGGCAGCUCAAGCCGUCCAUCCUUGGAACCAGCAGGGUCAUCUUCUUUUCUGAGCAACGCCAGCAACAGAAGCAAAAGCCCCGACGACAGGCCCAGCGGCUCGCGCAUUCACCCUGGCAGUCUCUCAAAGGACCCCAGUUUCACCACAAGCAUUCGAGACAUGGUUAUUGGUGAUAAGAAGCCCAAAGGAAACGCCCCUGCCUCAAGCUGCAAAACUUGCUCCGUCCUGGGCUUUGAGGAGUUUUGCCAAAGCAACACUAUACCGACGGCGAAUUCAUGGGUUCUCGAUCUCGAAGACGUCAUAAAGAACUAUAGGAAGAAGAAAUGCAACUUCUGCAGCCUGCUUUUCGAAGCGAUAUGUGCUCAUGAUCCCUUCGAGCACCCUGCCAUCAAAGAACACAUGCCCCAAGCAUUUAUUGGUUGGAGCUUCGGGGAAUGGGCCGAGAGCCUUGACUGGAAGCAUAAGAUUCCUUGGUCGAGUCAGCCUUUUGGGAGGGGUCGCGAUGUCAUUCACCUCGAGCUGGAUGCGAAAGACAGCCAGGUGGGAGAUAAGAUGGGAUGGACCACCCACGAUCCGAACACAGUUCAGAAAGAUCUGGCAUUCGCGACCGAGGUGGCAAUCGCCAAUACUGCUGUUCAUCAUGCCAUUGAACAAUCUUCAAAGUCGGGUGAUCCAGAUACGGCCCGGAUUUUUGAGGCUGUACGUGGAGUUCUACCGGCGGUUGUAACACUGGUUAAUCGAGCGGACAACAAGUUGCCUGUUGGCAUCUCAGUGCAGACAACUGACGCCCAAGAUGGAUCUGGCGUAGGUCUGUUCGUCAUCGGGGUCUGGGGUUUCGGGUGUGGGCCAAAGCCACCACUGUCUUGCUUGGUCACUUUCAACCUUCGUGUAGCAGCGUCAUACCCCGUCCAAGCCGCUAAAUGCAGCCUUCGCUACGGCAACAUCAUUGGCAGCAGGAUCAACGUGGAAGAUGACUGCCGGAGCUGGAUGAUACACUGCCUCGAGAAUCAUCUUGAUGACUGCGACAAGCCGGCAUGGGCAUGCAAUCUCCCUGCUCCAGCAGGGGAGCAUUUCCGACUGGUCGACGUCAAGAAUGAACGUGUCGUACGCUUCGAGAAGCCGCCGAGAUAUGCUGCCCUCUCCUACGUUUGGGGAAAGGAAGGCAAAACAGCACUCAAUCUCCACGUAACAAACCUAGCAGACCUCAGCACAUCAAUCAACAAUCGUGACCGCACUGUUGCCAAAACAACCCGCGACGCCCUCGAAGCUACAAAGCGUCUUGGAAUCGAUUACCUUUGGGUGGAUAGUCUAUGCAUCAUACAGAAAGACAAAAACGGGCGUGACGACGAACCUGCUCGCUUGUCGCAAAUCCAUCAGAUGGACAGAAUCUUUGGGCAUGCUCAGAUUGUCUUGGUUGCUGCGGGAGGAUCUCAUGCGGACGUGGGAUUAGCGGGCGUGUCUCAAAGUCGGAUUUCGGGACAAAUCGCCAGCGAAGUUAUUCCUGGCGUCAAUGUUCUGCUCCCAGUCCAAUAUCCUCCGACAUACGGAAGAUGGGAUACCCGAGCUUGGACACUCCAGGAGAAGCUUCUCUCUAAACGAAUGUUGGUUUUCACGGAGAACCAUGUCAGCUUCCACUGCAAGUUCGGUGUUCUGCGCGAAGAUCUACCAGCUAUUCAAGCUGGAAACAUACCCCCUCCGAUCGCUCCUUUGGCGCCGCCGAAAACGCGGCAAGAUGUUUUGACGGCUACGAAGUGGGAUGGGACACCUGUUAUUCUAAGGUCACCCCAUUUCACGCAAUAUGUGAGAAUUCUGGAACAGUACACGAGUCGAGGCAUAACAGACUCAGCGGAUGUCUUGAACGGUGUAACGGGACUGCUCAAUGUCUUGGGGGCUACCAGCAACCCUCGGGGUAGAGACAUCAACGGCGAAUCUUUGUGCAUUCCGGGAUCCACCACAGUUCGACAGAAAGAGAGUACACUCUACGGUCUCCCUGAAAGACUCCUUGACCUCGCCCUUCUCUGGCAACCACCCGCGAGUGAGCAGGUUCAUCUGGUUAGGCGCCAUUUGGGUAAGACCGAUAGAGGAGCUUUCCCCAGCUGGUCAUGGGCUGGAUGGGAAGCACAUCCGACGACUUCAAAUGGCUACGCCACAGAGACUCACCCAGGAGUUCGUUUUGAGGAGCCAUUCUGGGUUUCCAGCUACAACGAUCUAUGUCUUCGAAAGAUUAUGGCAUUUGGACCCGAAGCUGAAGAGCGCUACAGGCCAUUGAUAACAUGGUACAAAAUUCAGGAAGAGAGUAUCCAGGAAGCAGACUCCCAUACAAAAACGAAAAGACGACCUGUCGCCUCAAAUAAGCCGGAUCACUUGCGAUCAUCAAACGUGAGAACUCAGUUGAGCAACAGAUCGUCCGAAGUUGAUGUUAGAAGCAAGCUUUCUCUUAUGCCAGUGAACAGCAAUGGCUUGGGGAUUGUUCUCGACGUGCCAGACGUAGCGAAAGGGCUCCUAGACCAAGCUCUGAAACUACCUACAACACAGACUUCGUCUGCCCCUGUUGGUCACAGAGGAGCAGCUCUUCCCCAGAUCCCGCAGCAUCUUCUCAAGGCACACUGUCUUGUCUGCGUAUCACAGGUUGCGCAGUUUACCAUGCAUGCCAUCGACAAGGCUCGUACAGAAAUCCUUUGGAAGCAAAAGCAGAGACCCAACAGCCGAUUCGAGAUUCCCAAAGAGAAUCAAGACAUGAGCACUGGAGCACAAGACCCAGAACUCGAGAUCGCCAAGGAGUUGCUCAUUACGGAAGCUGAGAUACGCGGCAAAGAUGAUGAGGUCGCUGGAUUUGUGAUUCCCACCAACAGCAAACAGUCAAUACACCUGAAGGCGUUUGAUUUUGUUCUCCUUUCGGAGUCUCAGUAUUGGGGUAACGAGAAGAGAGUGGACGUGAACGGCUUUCCGCUUUACAACGUCAUGAUGGUGGAGUGGGAUCAUGGAGGCAAGACUGCUACUCGUGUCGGACUUGGCAAGAUACAGAAAAAUGCUUGGAUGGCAGCAAAUCCGGCUUUAAGAACGGUGAUACUUGUUUAG